CUUAAAUGUUUGGUAUUGUAAAAUCAUGAAAUUCUUGUGCCAGCUUAUCUUAGUAAUUUAGAAUCUUUAGAGCCACUUUGAUCAUGCUAUGUCUAUGUCUUUCAUUGCUAUUCAAUUUUCUGUUUUAACACAGUAUUCACUUUCCUUUCCAAUAUUCAACAAAUAGCAGAUGGUUGUUUAAUAUGGGAGGGGUGGUCUAGUACUGCAUUAGCCGAAAGACAUGAAACAUCAAAUAGUUUGCAGAUUAACUUGGAGCCAGAGGGUUAGUUUGUUAUAAUGAAGGUUAAGGCAGGAACUUACAACAAAAAUUAGAUGCUAAUUAGAGGGAAAAGAUAGUGCGAUGCUUACCUCUCAAAAUCAGUACUCUUCUCGCGUUUCAAUUGGGACGAAUCAGAAUAAAAAAAUCAGAAGAAGCCUGCUCGGUGCUCUACUUUCAAAUUUACGACUAAGGGAGAAUUGGAAAAGGGGAAUCAAGAGGGACAAUCGGAGAAGGAGAUUAGAAGGAGAGAAUCGUGGCGAAGGAAGAGAAGAAGAGAUCGUUGUGUCAGCCAAAAAGGAGGAGGACAUUUCGCCGCUAUCCGCCAUGUGGGUAGUAGCCGCCAUUGCAGCUAAAAUGGGCGCUAUUGUACUGGGCAGCACUGCCAAGGCCUCCCCCUUUAUCUUUCGGACAUCCAACCCCUCAACCACCACCAGUUGUCGUCGUCGCCGCAGAACCAACAUUUUACCCAUUAUCAAACACAUUCGGAGCCCGCCACACCCAUCUCCUCCAUCCCAACUGCACCCACCGCUUUCUCCUUCCAAACAACGUCGACCCUUCACGUCCCCACCACCCCAACGUCGUCGUCUCUCCAGAGCCCACACUGCACAGCUCCGACCACUCUCAACAGCCCACACCACACCACCACACCUAUGCUUCUCAGCCCAACUCCGCCGAGCGCCUCUCCGCUCCCCUCCCCGCACACCUCUGUCUACUCAACCCUCCCUCUCUUCGAUUGCUCCGCCUUCGCAUCCAACCCUUCCACCUCCACCACUAAUUCCAGCUUCUUCUCACACAGAACCCCUCCUUUCCUCUAGACCCCUCCUCGAUUUAAGCGGCUUCAGCAUCAACUCGACUGCAAGAAUGGCAACAACCACAGCCUUAAUUUCAACCUUGGCAAUACCACCGCCACCAACGGCUCAACCACCUCCAGCUUUGCCUUCCCCUUUUCGCCUUUGUUGAGAAGCUCUCCUUUUGGACAUACCACUGCUGUUGUAUAUUGAGAAAGAAAUCAAGGAGUCCUUA